AUGGCUCCGGUCGACUCAUCUUCGAGUCCCAGUGACUCCAACUCCAGCUCUCGACGCUCCAGCUGGGCUGCUCUCAUGCAAAACUAUGAAGAUGCAGUCGAGUAUCCAAGUGAUGAUGUCGUAUAUGACGCCGUAUAUGGCGCCGACGACGCCCAAGUGGUUACCAAAAUGGCCAAUCUUGAUAUCGAAGCGACUGAGAUUAUUCCAUUCGACCCCCAAGGAACUGAUCUGGAGCUUCAGACAAUUGUCGAAACUGCUACCAUGGACAUCACCGCCGAGGUGCCCCAAAUUAUCAUUGAUCAGAGCCCUACCCCUGACAUAGAGUCAGAGAAUCCUGAACAAUUCAAAUCACAGGGGCCAUUUCAUAAAUGGAUGCGGACGAUACAUCGUAGAGCACAGCAUCGACACACACGGUCGGACGAAAGCUUUGGUUCUCUACGGCCGCCAUUCGAUCCUGAUGUCCACAGCCAUACAGCUCAUUGGAGAAGAACGCACCAUCGACAAUCGUCCUCUGGAUCUUCCUUUGCCUUUGUUUCGGCGGUCCGAAGUGCUAGUGCCAGUCUUGCCAGUGCCAGCGUCAGUGUUGUGGCACGAUCACGAAGAAACGUACCGCGCUCACAAGGCUUCUCCACAACGGAGCACAGCAGCAGAGCAUCCAUCUCGGGUCCUCGUGCCUCUGAAGAUAAUGGGCUCCGGGAAAAUCAAUCCCUAGCCAACUUGGCUGCCAUGGAGAGAUCGCUGCAGCGACGAAGAGUGCUAGAAGAGCUCAUCAGCACGGAAGAAGGGUACAUUGGCGAUAUACGAUUCCUCAUGAAUGUAUACGUCACAAUCUUGGCUGCGUUGCCCUCUAUAUGCGUCGGCCUGCGGUCAUCCAUCAACCAAAAUUUGACAGAAAUAGUCAAGUUACACGAGGAACUCCUUGGCGAAUUGCACCGAGCGGUUCCACACUCGGAAUACACGCAAGCCGACGUGACGCCCCCAUUACGAUGGUCCAGUCUCGGUGCCGUGCCAGAGCAAAAUACGAAAGCAAGGUGGCUGCUGAAAGCCCCAGGCAUGCUGUCAGAUCCUCAAGUGGCAGCAGAGGUCUCAAAAGCCUUUGGGAAGAAGAUAAGCCGCUUCUUCAUAUACGAGGAAUACGGAGCAACAUAUGAGAUGAUGAUCAAAGACAUCGCUUCAGCCCAGCAAACCAUACCAGAUUGGGAGACAUAUCAAAAAGGCCUUGAGGCCUUGGCGAUGGCACUGGGGUCGGUCAAAGGUAGCGAAGAUGGAGCGAAAAAAGCUCUGACUAUAAAUGACCUGCUUGUCAAGCCUAUCCAGAGGAUCUGUAAAUACCCCCUCAUCUUUUCCGAGCUUCUCAAGUGCACUCCAAUAUCAGACUGUCCAAACUCUCACAUGGAAGUCGAUAAUACCCUGACCAGGCUUCGCGAAGCAACCACGGAGAUCAAUAGAGCAUCGAAUGACAGGAACAUCAAGUCUACACUCGAAAAAACAUGGAUUCUACAGGAUCGAUUAGUGUUCCCAGACAGAAAAUUCGACGCCAUUUCUAAAAGACAAAUACGGUCUUUUGGCCACAUCCGGCUUUGCGGAACACUUCACGUAUGCUGGCAAACAGAUGAAGGAGUUGAUGGUCAAUAUUUCAUUUGUCUACUCUAUCGCGAUAUGCUCUGUCUUGCCUCUGCGGGCAAAGUCGACCCGAUUUACACCAUCAUGGCUUGUAUCAAUAUUGACAGCAUCAGGAUCGAAAAAGUGGAUAAUGGACGAGGGUUGCAGUGCCACACCGCACCUUUUUCUUGGAAGGUAGUGUUUGAAUGCGAUCAUCAAUUAUACGAAAUCAUCAUGACAGCUUGUACAUCCAAGGAAGAAACGGAAUGGAGAGCAAGAUUAUCUCGGCCGGCGAGCGAUGACCAAGGGGCAAAGGGGCCGGAUGUGUUCAGCACAAUACAUAUGAAUAUAAAGAGUUUGGGGUCUGUCUUUGGAAAGCAGGGCACACUCGUUCGACGGAUAUCUAUACAGCGGGCCACCACUGUGGGAGGGGCCAAAUCGCCUCUAUGCCAAGUCAUCUUGAAGAACACCAAUGUAUUGAAAGAUCACGGCGGGAGUGCUUCUACGGCUUCGACUAUCAACCGCUCUCAGUCUCUACUCACAACCACAACCCGAAUACCGGUGCUUGCGCCGCCAAGAGGCGAGCGAGCUCGACUAGAGGCGCUCCUGUCAGACGUAUGGAGUAGAGAAGUCCUCCCGUUUCCCGGAAUGACGAUGAAGUCUCGGAGUGAAAAUCUCGUUCGAAAUUCCGCAUCUACCGUCAUGAGAAAACUCAGCGUGGCUAGCUUCGCCAGUAACUUUACAAAGAGAUCGGUCUCUUCUGCCCACAAGAAUCAAUCUUGUGAACAUAUUGCCAUGGAAACUAUCAAGCGCCGGGGUAUUCUACGUCCAAUGGAUUCGAUUACGAGUGACGAUGCGUAUAUAGGUGACGAAGCAGGCAGAAAAGUGAAGAGACAGCGCACCGUCAAGGGGCACGCAAUACUAGGGACGCCCGCUCGUAGCAUGAAAGAGGUUACGGGAAGCUUUCGAAGACGCCGGGUACAGGAGAAUGCGCCCUCAAGGUCAGAUACCACCAGCGACACGUACAUGUUUCCUGCUCGCAUAGCAACCACGAACGUCCCACGGUCGAUAAGGCCUACAAAUUCCCAGGCUGCGAUGCCUCCCGAGAGUAAGGGUAGGACGAGAAAACCAGCAAGAGAAAAGGUCCGAUAUCUUGAUCGAUGGGCUAAGCUCGGUGUGGGGAAGAGCGAUGGACCUGGCAGUUUCAGAAAGUUUCUUUCAAUUGGCAGAGAUUUGUAA